AUGGCGUACAGUGGAAAUAAUUCGUUACUGCCUCCAAAAAGUCCAUUUCCUAGCAUAUAUUCGUCAUAUGUUGAUUAUGUCCCUAGUUAUGGGGUUGGACCAAAAGGUCUUUCAAAGCCUAGAGAGGCAAAUUCACACCAUCAACGUACUUCCUCCGAGAGUUUUUUAAUAGAGGAACAACCUUCUUGGUUUGAUGAACUCCUCAAUGAGCCAGAAACUCCUGUGCGCAGAGGUCAUCGGCGCUCAUCUAGUGAUUCGUUUACAUAUAUUGACACCGUGAAUGUUGGAAACACAAAUUAUGUUGCUCCAGAUAAUUUCAAGUUCAAAAAUUUAACCUCGUUGCCUUCAUGGGGUUCUCAAGAUUUUGAAUUGUAUAGAGAUGUACAUCAUGGUUCUUCUUAUGGGGGGCCAAAUUCUUCAUGCAAAACCAAAAAUUGGACAUGGGAUAUGCCUACGAAUUCAGUUGCACCUCCUCGUGGACUUCCUUCUCCUGGGGAUAAUACCAUUAUUCAAAAUGCAGGAUCAUCAAGUACUUCAAGAGAAGCAGAGAGGAGUCCAUCUUCACCUACUGAAAAGCAGGAUCCUGGUGAAUAUGGCCCUCAUGACCCAAAAGGUUCUUCUGAAAAGGACUCAUUUCAUGCCAAGCAUUCUACUUCGGAGAUGGACACUAAACAUGCCAAACAGCAAUUUGCUCAACGUUCACGGGUCAGGAAACUUCAAUACAUCGCUGAACUUGAAAGAAAUGUGCAAGCUCUACAGGCUAAAGGCUCUGAAGUUUCUGCUGAGCUCGAAUUUCUUAACCAGCAGAAUCUCAUUUUGAAUAUGGAGAAUAAAACUCUGAAGCAAAGGUUAGAAAGUUUAGCUCAAGAGCAUCUAAUCAAGCACUUUGAGCACGAAGUAUUGGAGAGAGAAUUGGGAAGACUACGAGCUUUAUAUCAGCAACAGCAGCAGCCACAACAGCAGCAACCAUCUUCUAGCCAUCGACAUGCCAAAAGCUAUGAUCUUGAUCAACAAUUUGCUAAUCUUUCACUGAAACACAAGGAAGCAAAUUGUGGCAGCAAUGAGGUUUCUGGCCAACUUUACAUUUGA